UUUUUAUACUUUGCAUUUACGCUGCUGAUGUGUUUUUACUUGAGUACAAUUAUCAAUGCUUUGCUUGCAUUUAAGUAUUUUUACACAAUGGUAGUGGUAGUUUUACUUCCCAAAGUACUCCUUCCACUGCUUAAUAAUAAGCUAGUAGUUAAACAAUACUGUGUAUUGUUGCUCUCCUUAUUCUUCCCCUUCCCCGCGCGCACGCACAUGGGCACACCUGUAAUGUGCACAAACAAGUAAGGUCGCAUUCCUUCCUCAUUCACGGAAAUCUUCGCAAGGUGUUCUUUAACUUUCAUUAUGAAUCAUAGCGGGUUUACUGGUUGGCUGUCACCUAUACCCCUCCUUUCGGACUAAAACCUCCACUUUUGAAUUUCCUCCUUGAAUAUUUGUUUUUGUGUCUGAUUUUUUAUACUCGUGUGGAGAAUCAGAUCAGCGUUGUGCCGUGUGACAAGUGUGUAGUCGGAGUGGAGGAGCUGAGAAGCCGUCGAAGGUCGAAUAUGUAGGUCUUUCUUGUGAAAACGUGAAACCGUCCAUGAAAUGUGGACAGUUUUCAUUUUUCUGAUUCUCGAGGCUCUGUACUGUAAAGUCUCCUCAUCUCCUCCCAGCCCCGUCAAUGUCACCUUCUCUUCUGUGAAUCUGUGGAACGUGGUGCAUUGGAUCCCAGGACAUGGCACACCGGAUGACACACACUUCACGGUGCAGUAUGCCAUCUACGGGGACAGAGUUGAGGGAAGCAAAGGAAGACGGGUGAACUGGAGGGCCGUGCAGCACUGUACAGAAAUAGUGCGGAGCUGGUGUGAUCUGUCCAAUGAGACGUCGGACCUGGAGCAGGGGUACCAUGCCAAGGUUCGUGCUGUGGGCAGGAGAGCAUCGUCCAAAUGGGUUAUCACACGGAGAUUCGAUCCAAAGUCAGACACUACUUUUGGGCCUCCGUUCCUUUCUGUGGAAAUAGAGAACAACAGUGCCAUCAUAAGUCUGAAGGGACCAAUGAAAUAUCUGCCCACCAACCAAACCCCGGGGAUUUCCAUGGCAACACUCUACCCCCAUAUGACCUACUACCUCUACAUCCACAAUACACGUCGUGACCAGAUGCACCAUAUCCCAGUGGUCUCCAGUCCGUAUAAAUAUCACCUGAUGGAGUACGAUACCAAGUACUGCUUCUCUGCAAAAUCAAGAUUCCUCUCCAUGCCUGUCGAGUGCCAAUCCUCAGCGUGGCACUGCAUAACUAUGCCUCGAGAUCCUGUGAUUGGACAGCUGCAGAGGGUGGUUGUGGGUAUCGUUGUAUCAUCUGCGUGCAUGUGUAUGCUUUUGGUGGUUGGCUACCUUCUCUAUCAUUACCUGACGGGAAAAGGACAGAAGAGCCCAUAUAUCUUGCUAAAGAUCCAUCUUUUCAUACCACACUCGUUCCCCUGUGACCUCCAGGACACACCUUCAUUCCACUCUGCCCCUCUGACCUUCCCCCCUGAGAAACCUAACCUCAUCCUCAUCACUGUCAUGAAAGAUGAGCUAUCAUCAGUCACCGACAGCAUCAUCUCAAAGCCUGCAUGCCCCAAUAAGCUGCAGUUACACAUUGCAGAUCCCCCGCCAAUUUACACCCCCCAGAGGUCUGAAACACCCCCAGAGCCUGAGGACCUCUUGGAUGAUUUGUCUGUUGACUACGGAGUUGUUGGCAUAGCUGAGACCACUGAUGGAGGAGAAGGGAAAGGAGGAUAUUGGAGGCAAGACGGAGAAAAAGAUGGGAAUAAUCUGAGAGGUGAACGCCAGAAAUGUGUAGCACGAGACCGCAACAACAAGAAAGAGUGGAGGAUUGAGGAUGAUUGCCCCGCUGGAGGUUAUGCUUCUCAGACAGCGUUCCCAAAGAAGUCAACCCACGCACACGUACACCUGCAGACACACACACAGACAGAGAGGAGCACACUUGUGCAAGCGCAUGCAUGGUCCGAGGUAAAUCCAGUGUUACUGACCCAAACUCAGGCAUCAUUACAGUCUUUUCAGGGAACAAGCAAGAGUGAGGUGGACAGAGAGAGGGAGGAUAGAGAGCGUUCAGGUUUAUUUGUGAACAAAAACCCACAAACUGGCUUCUUCCACAUCCCUUUAAAUCUGUCAACAAAGUGGGAGGGAGGGAUGGAAGGAAGAACAGACAGGAAGAUAGAUGAAGGUGUGGGGGAAGGAAGUGAGAGUGAGAACGUACCCCUCCUUUGUGCUUAUGCCUCUCAAAACAUCAAACCCAUGCCCACCCCCUACACUGGCCAAUCACAUUUCUUAUCAGAUGACCACAAUGUUCUGAGACUGGCAUCAGCACAGGAGGAGGAGGAGGAGGAGGAAGGAGCUAUUUGUGUUAACUGGAAUCCUGAAACUAGGAAAUUAGUGUUGCCAAAGAUGGAGAUCAACAAGGAGGGAGGUUUAGAUGGGUUACUGCAGGGAGAGAGAGGAAGAGAGGACAGGAUGGGAGGUGAGGAGGAGGUGAAGACGAUGAAGGGCGACUUGAGGUUGGAGAGUGUGUUUGUCAGACAAGCAUCUGAGGAGGAGGCAGAGGCACAGAGAGGGAUGGAAACAGCAUGGGAGGCGGACGAUAUUAUGACUAAAUGGAACUUAGUGAUCUCAAUGGAUCAGUAGAUGAUAUUGAUCAAGACAUUUAACACAUUAUGACAAAAAAAUAGCUUUUUGUCUGCACUUAUCCACAAAAAUCAUGAAAAUAACAAUACAAAAUCACGACUGAUCAUGAAUCAGUCUCUUCAGAAUACACAUAUUAUGAAAUUGAAGUCUUAGGAGCACUUAGUACUGUCGUAGGUUUACUUUUAUACCUCUGAAUGUUGCUUACUGUGAAUUAUCUGAUCAUCAAAUUACAAUCAAUGUGAAUCACACACAUACACAAUCACACAUUGUCAUCCUUUGGGAUGUAGUGCAUUAAUCAGCAUAUUCUGCAUUUAUUUGUGCUUGAUAUGAAAUUAAAGUUCCUCUGAGUGAUUAGUUUCAUUUUAUAGCAGAAUAUUUCCUAUUUCUCAUCAUGAGGGUGCAGUCUGACAGGAUGUUAGCACUACACCUUAAGUUUGUUUAAUGACAAUGAAAACAAUGUUAAUGUAAUGUCCUGUACGUCAUAGUCACCACCAUAUCACAUCAUAGAGAUUAACUCAACAAAGCACUAACAGACUAUUCAGGACUUGUGUCUGGCACAUGUUUGUUCAAAACUAUAAUCAAAAUACCAAAUUAUGAUUUUUUUUUGUUUUUUUUGUGGACACAUUUGAAUUUUUUUGUGAUUUGAAGCUGUUCCGGUGGCACAUAAGCACAAUCAAUUAUUUUGAUGUUUUCUUUUACUUUAUGACUACAAUGUCAACAUAGUGUUCAUAGAUAUGACCACAUAUCUGUGUUUGCUUGACACCUUUGUCCAAUAGUAGCAGUUGUGGGUAGUUUUGGUUUUGUUUUAACAUCACUUUGGAUAAAACACUGCUACAGUAUAUUACAUGUUAUAUGUUGAAGAACUGCAGUUCAAUCAAUACAUUCAAGGCCAAAUUAAAAAACCUGCUAAAGACCAAUCAACUCUGUGACCACUGAGUCUAAACUUAAUCUAAGGUCUUCUCGUUAGUGCAGGUAGUCUUGUAGGAGGUAGUUUGUAGGUAGGUAGUUUACAUUAUUAAUUUCUAAUUGA